AGCGGGUCCGGGCGGCGGGGCCGGCGGCGGCGGCGGAGCGGGGCCCAGGCCUGAGGCCGGCGGGUGGGCCGGGCCGCCCAGCACCUCCCCGCUGGAUUUCCUGUCUCGACUUCUGAUUUUGAUGCUCUUGAAAGCACAUUUGGAUCAAAGACAUUUUCGAUCACCGAACAAAUCAAGAGCCUCCUCUCCUGUCUCGGAGCAAUACAGACAGCUUACUGUCAUAUGACCUCAUAUCCCCAGAUUAAAUGAAAAAAUAAUCUUCUCUGGCUUUCCAUGAAGCUCAGCUAUUGCCUGUUAAUUUUGACUGUUAGCACUGAUCUUUCAAUUGGAUUUGCACUGGAAAAUGUAGCCUUUAAUAGGACAGUUGCCUUUGGGACUUUCAAUGCAUCACUUCUUCAGGUGUCUCAAGUUUUAGUAGAUUCUCCUGCACAUCAUGAUAUCAUAGCCAAAGAAGGGACCAGUAUUUUAAUUGAAUGUAAACUGAACAUCAGCCAGUAUGAAUAUAUUCUUUGGUAUAACUCCAGAGGACACCUGCUUGAGCAGAAGGAUGAAGGUGGACGGUGGAGGAUUGCUGGUAAUUCCCUUAACAUCACAAAGGUCAACUUUGCUGACCGGGGGCGAUACACGUGUGCAGCUGUUAACCAUAAUGACACCUCCUAUUACACAGUCACCCUGAGGGUUAUCUUCACCUCGGGAGACAUGAGUAUCUACUACAUGAUUGUGUGCCUCAUUGCCUUUGCUAUCACCCUCAUUUUAAACAUAACCCGUCUGUGCAUGAUGAGCAGCCACCUCCGCAAAACAGAGAAGGCGAUCAAUGAGUUCUUCAGGACGGAAGGGGCUGAGAAGCUUCAGAAGGCUUUUGAGAUAGCCAAGCGUAUCCCUAUCAUUACGUCUGCCAAAACGCUGGAGUUGGCCAAAGUCACUCAGUUUAAGACCAUGGAGUUUGCUCGGUACAUUGAAGAGCUUGCCAGGAGCAUUCCCCUUCCGCCACUGAUCCUUAACUGCCGGGCGUUCAUGGAGGAGAUCUUCGAGGCAGUGCGAGUUGACGAUCCCGAUGAAGUUGGGGAGGAGGCCAAACAGCCCCCAGGCUGCGGGACACAAGCUGCCAUAUACCCCAUCAACCCCGAGAUCAAGCGCAGCGAUUCCCCAGCUGGGGAUUCGGACGAUGGGUCCAUGAAUGAGCAAGGUCAAGAGAUAGCUGUCCAGGUGUCCAUUCACCCGCAGUCAGAGGUGCAGAGCAUUGACACUGUCUCCCACGACAGCUGCCAGUUUGUGCCUCCCGAGGAAGGCACCUGCUGAGUCCAGGGACACCCUGAUGUGAGGGAAGCGGGGGUGACCCUGGGAUACUGGGAGGAAGAGUCUGCACACAAACUGCCUCAGUCCUGUAUGCACUGGAGUUUUCCAAACUGCAGGGUGCCAGAACUGCUACUGAAACCUGUGUUUUCUGUCAUUGUUGAUCUAACACAAUUUCAAGUCUGUGAGAGAAAGCCAUUUGGAGUAUUGUACGGUGGCUUUUCUUUUUAAAACAAGCUUUCUAUACUUAAAGUAUUUACACAACAGGAAUUCUUUAUCUUCGGCAGCUUCUGAUACUUCUGAUCUGAAUUAGCAGUGGCCAAGCUGAGCAGUACAACUUGCAAUAAAAUCUUUUCCUUUGUGAACUUUCUCCCUUCACAAAAUGGAGAUGGAAUUCCUUGGAGUCAGUGUUGUUGUCCUGAUCACUUGAGUUGUGUGCUCUUUUGGAAUUGCCUCUUGGUGCAUGUAGCCCAUCAGAACCGUGGUGAGCUUGAGCAAAUCUGUUCUGUGUCAUGUGCUUUAAUGUUGCUAUCCACAUGUACUGUGCUUGGGAAAAGAAUAGUGCCAGGAUCUGCUGCUGGAUUAAACCAAUUGCAGUUUCAAAGCAGCUUGGAGAACAACCAGGGGGUCUCAGUUUUCCAUGCAUCUGCAGAAAACUUCUGCGUAUUUUAAUGUGCAGGGAGUGAAUUGUUGAUACAAAGCUUCUCUCUUGAACUUGGUGCUGAUUGCCAAAGCGCCUUACCCUGGUUCUGACUUCCAGAGGGAGCAGGAACAGCCCUGCCAGAACUCCUCCUUGUGAUUUUGCUGAUUUCACUCACUGCAGAAAAUCCAAAGUUUUAUAUUGUAUCUGACAUUGUUGUGAGAAAGCAGUGAUGGUAAUCGCAUAGUGGCAUAAUUAAAAAAUUAGUUUGUCAACAGAUCAGGUGUCUCAGGCACUUCUUCCUGAACAACAUAAUAAAGGUGAAAAAUGGUGACACUCA